CGCUGCAGUGUGGUUGGCUGCCGAGCGCCUGGUGCCUGCGCCUCUGCUAGAGCCGGAGUGCAGCACGGUGGGAGCCGUGCAUCGCCGCAGCCUGUGCUUCCCCGCAGCACCGGGGCCUCUGGGAGUGCCAGCACUGGACAAGCUGCUGCAGGCAGCCAGGGCUGCAGAAGCAGGACUAUGUCCACCAUGGUGUACCCUAGGGAGGAGAAACUGGACAAGUUGAGCCAAGAGGAGAUAAUUUCCAACACCAAGCUAGUGAUGCAGGGGCUGGAGGCACUCAAGAAUGAACACAACUCCAUCCUGCACAGCUUGCUGGAAACCAUAAAGUGCCUGAAGAAAGAUGAAGAAGCCAAUCUUGUGCAUGAAAAAUCCAACUUGCUCCGCAAGUCAGUGGAGAUGAUAGAGCUGGGGCUUGGAGAGGCUCAGGUGAUGAUGGCGUUGUCCAACCAUCUGAAUGCUGUGGAGUCAGAGAAGCAGAAGCUGCGUGCUCAGGUCCGGAGGCUGUGCCAGGAGAACCAGUGGCUGCGUGAUGAGCUCGCUAACACUCAGCAGAAGCUGCAGCGCAGUGAGCAAACCGUGGCUCAGCUGGAGGAGGAGAAGAAACACCUUGAGUUCAUGAACCAGCUGAAGAAGUAUGAUGAGGAUGUCUCACCUUCGGAGGAGAAGGAGGGUGACUCCACCAAGGACUCUCUGGAUGAUCUGUUCCCGAAUGAGGAGGAGGAGCAUGGUCCUGGACGUAAUAGUGCAGUGGCAGCUGCCCAGCAGGGAGGCUAUGAGAUUCCUGCACGCCUGCGCACGCUCCACAACCUUGUCAUCCAGUACGCCUCACAGGGACGCUAUGAGGUGGCUGUGCCACUCUGCAAGCAGGCACUGGAGGACCUGGAGAAGACAUCAGGCCAUGAUCACCCCGAUGUGGCCACCAUGCUCAACAUCCUGGCACUGGUGUACAGGGAUCAGAAUAAAUACAAAGAGGCAGCACACCUUUUGAAUGAUGCUCUCUCCAUCCGUGAGAAGACUCUGGGCAAAGACCACCCAGCGGUGGCAGCAACUUUGAACAACCUGGCUGUUCUCUAUGGCAAGAGAGGGAAGUACAAAGAGGCAGAGCCACUGUGUAAGCGAGCCCUGGAGAUCCGUGAGAAGGUCCUAGGCAAAGACCAUCCUGAUGUGGCCAAGCAGCUGAACAAUCUAGCCCUGCUGUGCCAGAACCAGGGCAAGUACGAUGAGGUGGAAUACUAUUACUGCAGGGCUCUGGAGAUCUAUGAGAGCUGCCUGGGUCCUGAUGACCCCAACGUGGCCAAAACCAAGAACAACCUGGCCUCCUGUUACCUGAAGCAAGGCAAAUACAAAGAUGCAGAGGUGCUGUAUAAGGAGAUCCUCACCCGUGCUCACGUGAAGGAGUUUGGCUCUGUGGAUGGUUUGUAUAGCAGAAGCUGUUGGGGCUGGGGAAGGAUGCACGCGGAGGAGAGAGAGGAGAUGAGCAAGAGCAGGCACCAUCCCUACAGCGCUCCCUACGCUGAGUAUGGCGGCUGGUACAAGGCCUGUAAGGUUAGCAGCCCGACGGUGAACACCACACUGAGGAACCUGGGUGCGCUGUACCGGCGCCAGGGCAAGCUGGAGGCGGCAGAGACCUUGGAGGAGUGCGCGGUUCGCUCCCGGCGGCAGGGCAUUGACCCAAUCAACCAGACAAAGGUGGUGGAGAUCCUGAAGGAGGGAGAUGGCACAGAGAGACGUCGGAGCCUGGGGGGCAGCGUCAAGUAUGAGAAUGUCACAGACGGUAGCGAGGAAGUGAGUAUGGGCGUGGAAUGGAGCGGGGAUGGCAGUGGCACCCUCCAGCGCAGCAGCUCCCUGGGGAAAAUCCGGGAUGUGAUCAGGAGGAGCAGUGAGAUGUUGGUUAAGAAACUGCAGGGCAAUGGUCCCCUGGAGCCCAGGAACACUAGUAUGAAACGAGCUGCAUCACUAAAUUACCUGCACAAGUCUAGCGAUGCUUCAUUUGAG